AUGAGAUCAGAUUAUAGCAUUGAAGCUUGGGAUCUCAGAGACCCUUCUUCUCCCAAAUAUCAAGUUUUUGAUAGUCCCGACUUUUGUCCUGGGAAGCUUUACCACAAAUUUAAGGGAUCUUAUAAUUUUACAUUCACAAAUUACUUAGUUGAAUCCUCGGGGGAUCUUUUGGUGCUUCGCAGAUUUAUAGCCCUAAGUGUUGCUGAAACUGAAUUUGUGCAUCCUCGUAGGUCUGAAGACGAUGUGGUGAAUAACAUUAAUGAUGAUGAACGAGAAAAUCUUUUCCUUCAAAAUCUUUUCCUUCAAGAUGAUGAUGCUUAUUGGACUCUGGGAUUUGAUGUUCAUAAUUUUGAUUUCGGUCAGAGUAAGUGGGAACCUGUGGAUUGCUUAGGUGACCGAGCACUGUUUGUGGGUUCUAAUCAUUCCUUUUCUCUCUCAACUUGCCAUUAUCCCGAGCUGAUGAAGAAUUCUAUCUACUUCACUGAUCAUUUCCUCGAAGGAUUUAACCAAAUAUAUGAUGGCCAUGACAAUGGUGUCUUUCACCUAGAAAAUAACUGCAUAAAACCUUAUUAUCCAAGAAGGUUGAAGAUCAUUAACCCACCUCCAGUUUAG